AUGAUAGAGACACGUACCCACAGGCAAAGUGCAAACGAUGUGAAAAUUGAAAAUUCAGUGAUUUUAGACAAUAUUGUCACUGAUUAUAGCGAUCGCAAAGAGAAUAGUGAUGAUGAUGUUGACAAGAAGUCAACAACAGGAAAUAGCAAUGGUUUGAUGUCAUACUCAAAGAGCAGCAAGAAACCAAUGUCCGCAGAGGAAGCAGACGAUAUCAGACAGACAAUCCACGUAUCGAAUGCACUGGACGAGCAAUAUCAACCAAACGCUUACAGUGGUCACUACGUGCGUGAUCCACAUCGUAAGCCAUUCAAAUCGCCAUUCUCACCAAAGGAUGUCGGUAGAAUUCGUACUACCAAACAGAUGUUGGAUGCACAACACAACAAGACUGUCGAUGUCGAGGACGACAUCAUCGACGACGACGAACAGGUCGAUGAGAACGGUGAGAUGGAGCUUGGUGACGGUGAAUCGAUGGAGCCAAACAUGGACGAAGAGGAGAACGAAAUGAACGAACACUUUAUCGUCGAUGUAGGUCGUCACGUUAAAGUAACCAAAGGUGGACGUAUCAAUUCAUUCUCUACUCUGGUAUUCAUUGGAAAUGGUGCUGGAACCGGUGGACUUGGAUAUGGUAAGGGUGAGACAGCCGGUGUCGCACUCCAACGUGCAUCAAGAGAUGCCGAGAGAAACGCAAUUACAAUUAAUAGAUAUUUAGAUAGAACAUUACCGAGUGGUUUGGAUUUAAAGUUUAGAAGUACAAAGAUUAGAUUCUUCAAGACUGGAAUGACAGAUAUGUCGUUGUCCGGUGAGAAGCAAGAUAUUAUUUUAGAGUCAUUGGGAUUGCACGGUGUCGACUUUAGAACUUAUGGUCGUCGUUCGUGGCGAAACAUUUUCAAUGAGAAGCGUGAGACUCUCAGAGAUUUGAUGGCAUCGAACAUUCCGAACCGUCAAUCGGAUCCAUACAACUUUGGUCUCGUAGGCAAGUUCCUCUACGACCUCGAGAAGCCAAUCGAUCGUGAGCAAGAAACCGCCGAUCUCCUUUGCAACUCUAUACGUGAUCUCGAAGACGACGCAUCGUUCAACGAAGAAUCGAUGGUCGACAACGAUCACAGCGAACUCGAGAGAGGAACUGUCGAUCCAAUGAGCAGAUACAAACGUAAGCAAUUCAUUGCAUCACAAAAGGUUGAAGAUUCAAGAAAAUUACACACUCAAAUUAGACAUUAA